AUGUCGGCUGCUCCCACGACAAAGACCUUUGGCAAGGGGACUCGGACGGUGCCCGCCCCGUCUGAGAAGGCCCAGAAGUGGUACCCUGCUGAGGAUGAGGCCCAGCCCAAGAAGGUCCGCAAGGCCGUCCGCCCUUGGACUCCUCGCAAGUCCCUCCAGCCCGGUACCGUUCUGAUCCUGCUCGCUGGUCGGUUCCGCGGCAAGCGCGUUGUUCUCCUCAAGUGCCUCGACCAGGGUGUCCUCCUCGUUACUGGCCCCUUCAAGAUUAACGGUGUUCCUCUCCGCCGCGUGAACGCCAGAUAUGUGAUCGCCACAUCAGUCAAGGUCGACCUCACUGGUGUCGACCAGGCUAAGAUCGAUGAGGUUGCUCAGCCCAAGUACUUCACCGCCGAGAAGGCCAAGGAGAAGGCUAGCGAGGAGGCCUUCUUCAAGCAGGGGGAGAAGCCUCAGAAGAAGCCUGUUUCUAGCACUCGUGCUGCUGACCAGAAGGCCAUCGAUAAGGCCCUGAUCGCCAACAUCAAGAAGGUCGACAUGCUCGCCAGCUACCUUGCCUCUUCGUUUAGCCUGCGCAAGGGCGACAAGCCCCACCUGAUGAAGUUCUGA